AUGUUUGGAAUAAGAAGUUCAAAGUUUCGUCAUUUGUAUGGCUGUGUGAGUAGAAAAGAAGAUUGUUAUGAAGGAGUGAAAGUAACUUCUAAUGCACAUGAUAGCAAUUUUUGUGAAGUUAACCCAAAAUUUGUAGCCAUUGUCAUAGAAUCUAUAGGAGGUGGAGUGUUCAUUGUGAUACCUAUCAAUCAAGUAAUUGAAUCAUUAUUAUCAAUGGCAUAG